AUAGCGGAGUUUCUCGUUGACGCUUUUUUUUCAAGGUUCUGAUGUCCUUGCCUUGACAAAACCUGUCCAGCCCAGAAAUUUAUAAGUUCAAAAAUGGACGAGCAAGAGCAUAAUAAUGUUUUGGACGUCGAGGGUGAAGGCAGUGCUAUUGAUAAAAUGCGGGCUAAGCAAGAAAAGAAGAACAUGAAAAAAGCUAAAAAGAAAGCUGCCAAAAAUUCUGCUAGUGGAUCAACAGCGGGUUUAGAAGAUACCGCAGCAAAACAAUUAGAAUUACAAGAAAAAGUGAGAAUGUUGGUCAAUCAACUAGCAAUUCGUGAGGCAAUACAGCCACCUCCUAGCGCUAGUAAUUCACAGAAACAAAAAGAUAUGAGUUCGCAUAAGUUCUGGAGUACCCAGCCUGUUCCAAAGCACGGUGAAACAAUUGAGGAAGAUGGACCGAUAGAGUCUAAUACUCCAUAUGAUCAAAUUCGUAAAGAGCCGUAUGCUUUGCCCAAAGAAUUUGAGUGGGUAACUCUGGAGUUGAAUAAUGAAAACGAGCUAAACGAACUCUAUACUCUCUUGACAAAUAAUUAUGUCGAAGAUGACGAUGCGAUGUUUCGCUUUGACUAUUCUGGUGAUUUUCUAAAAUGGGCUCUUCAACCACCAGGUUACUUAAAAACUUGGCACGUAGGUGUUCGUGUCUCUUCUAAUAAAAAACUUGUUGCAUUCGUUAGUGGUAUUCCAGCAGAUAUUCGAAUUUACGAUUCUCAUCAGCAUCUUGUUGAAAUCAAUUUUUUGUGUGUCCAUAAAAAACUUCGAAGUAAACGAUUAGCACCCGUGUUAAUUAAAGAAAUCACACGACGCUCUCAUUUACAAGGGAUAUUUCAGGCGGUAUAUACAGCUGGAGUUGUCCUUCCAAAACCCAUUUCCAAGGCUCGGUAUUAUCACAGAUCACUCAAUCCCAAAAAACUGGUCGAAACAAAUUUUUCACGUUUGCCUCAAAAUAUGCCAUUAUCACGUUUCAUUAAAAAAUUUAAGUUACCGGCUGAAACAUCUACACCUGGUCUCAGACCAAUGGUAGAGGAAGAUGUUCCCGAAGUUAAAACAUUAUUAAAUGAAUAUAUGAGUAAAUUUAAUUUUGUACCUGUGUUUAAGACUGAUGAUGAAGUCAAACAUUGGAUUUUAACGAGAGACAAAGUCAUUUGGUCAUUUGUAGUCGAAGACCUUGAAACAAAGAAACUGACCGAUUUCUUUUCGUUUUAUUAUUUACCUUCCUCGGUUAUUGGCCACCAAGUACAUAAAACUAUAAAUGCGGUUUAUUUAUUCUAUUACGCCGUAAAAGAAGCUGACGAAAAAGCGAUAAAAGGAAGGCUACAAGGUUUGAUAAAGGAUGCAUUGAUAUUAGCGAAAUUGAAAAAUGUUGAUGUUUUCAAUUGUCUUGAUCUUUUGGAAAAUAAAUUAUUCAUUGAGGAUCUUAAAUUUGGGGCUGGAGAUGGAUAUUUGAAUUACUAUAUGUAUAAUUGGCGCUGUAAGGAUAUGGGAAGUGAUAAAGUAGGCGUAGUUAUGUUGUGAUUUCUGACAAUCCAUAAUUAUUGAAAUGAUUGCAAGGUUUGUGUGUAUGAAAUCUAUUUAUUGAACUAAUGAGUUAAUUGUGAUAAAGUUGUUUAAUAAAAACCAGAUAAAUCUUAUACUUUUCAUAUCAACAUACAUAUUAUUAAAUAUAUAAAUAUUGAUCUUAAUUAUGUACAGUAUACAAAUUUUAAUUAUUUAAAAUACAUUAGCUAGAAUGCAAAAUAAGUUCUCUACUUAUUCAAUUAUAAUAGCUAUUAAUAGUUUUCAUGUGGUAUUAUAUAAUUAUCAAAAAAACUUAUAUUAUAUUAACAGUAAAAUAUUGUAAUAUUAAAAAAAAUGUAUUGCU